AUGCGAUCCGUCAUCAUCACCUCAGCAUUUGCAGCUUUGGCCUUUGCCAAUCCACUCCCCCAAGUUAUUGAUUUGGGUGCGAUUGAUGCUCUUCCACCAGCUGAAGUUUAUAAUGCUCCAGUAGACAUCCCUUCCAAAGAUGUCGUGAUUCAGCCAGUUGUCAAAUCCAUCAACGAAGCAGCUGCUGCACGUGAUCUUGCCAAACGCGAUUGCGAGCAACAACCAGCCGGCUAUGGUCCAAACUCUAAACCAGAUACCGCUGAUGCUUUUUUAGCCGAUCCUCAAUACAACAAGAUCGCCUCUAAAGCUCCCACUCCACAAGGUUACACUCUUACUUUCUCUGGACUCAAAGGUUCUACCCAGACCACCUCGUAUCUUGGUUACAAGACCUUGAAAUCCUAUGACACUGUUGAGUGUGCUCAAUACUGUGAUCAACAAGAAGGUUGCAUUGCCUUCAAUAUCUACUUUGAGCGUGAUUCCACUGUUGAUCCUGGGUUUAAGUGCUUCAACCCACCUUCCACAAUCAACUACAAGUGUGUGAAGUGGGGUAUUCAAAUCAAGAAGGAGACUGCUACCAAUACCGGUCAAUACAGAAAGGACUUCAGCGUCGUCAUUUCCGGAUCAGAUGGAUACAACAAAAACUACUCCCCGGAACCUUGCGAUAACUACAAUGGUCCAGCCUCUCUCGGAGGAGCCAUACAACCCCCUCUCGAUCCAAUCACCAAGACCGAUACCUACAUGGGCUACAAAUUUUUCUCCUUUGACGACGUCAGAACCUACGAAUACGGAGUCGUCGCCUGUACAUCCGCCUGCACCGCGCAAUCCAAAUACAAUAUUGAGCAUCCUCCUUCUUCCGGCCACCCAGCUAUCUGCAACCAAGUCGUCGUCUACGUAUUGAGUCAAAGCAACAAACCUCAAGGAAUCUACUGCUCCAUGUAUACCGAAGUGUGGGCUCCCAACCACGCAACUAAUUAUGGUCAAUGGAGAGGAUCUGAAUACUGGUCUGUUAGUCAAGCGUAUUCCUAUAGCAGAGCAGACUAUGAUGCCAAGUAUCCAAAGGCUAUCUGUGAUGUUGGGGGAUGUCCAGCGGAUUCUUACAAGGGUGGUAAUUGGGGCGGAUGGGGAUUCGAGAAGAAAUGUGAGUCCAAGAGAUCUGAGAAUGUGGUUUUGUGA